AAUAAAAGUGGUAGUCUCUUAUUUAACAUAGUCGACAAGCCGGCAGUUGCUCAGUCGACCACCGUCCGUAACAGAGUAUUCGUAUUUCGAAGUUAAUAUAUCGGUGAACCGGUGGAACUUGGGCAGUCUUUGGGACAGUCUUUCCACUUGUGAAAAGUGACAGUUGCCUUUUGUCAUGGCUUUCUUAGUCUUCACACUGGUACUAUUGUCGUCGAAAUUGGUUGUCGGCAAUUUCAGCUACGAUGGAAAUAGUGGACCAUCGCAUUGGGGCGACGAAUACAAACAAUGCAUAGGAAAAUUCCAGUCACCUAUUGAUAUAGAAGAAAAGGAUGUCACAAACAUGACUUUUCCAAAACUACAAUUUUCUGAUACAGAGAAUUCCCAUGUAGCUUACAUGAUUAAUAAUGGCCAUACAGUAAUGAUUCGAAGUUUCGAUCCUGAUUUGCCCACGAUAUCAGGUGGGCCCAUCAAUAAUACAUACGUAUUUCAACAAUUACACUUUCAUUGGGGCCAAAAUGAUAAUCUUGGAUCCGAGGAUCUUAUUAAUAAUCGUUCAUUUUCUAUGGAGCUGCAUGCAGUCUUUUGGAAGAAACAAUAUGGCUCAUAUGACAAAGCGACAGAAUAUUCUGAUGGCCUCACUGUGCUUGGAUACUUGUAUCAGGCCACGGAUAAAUCGAAUCCAGUUUUUGAAUCGAUUGUGUCUCAUAUAUUGAACAUAGCGGAAGUUGACAGUAAUAUAACAUUAAAUGAUAAUACUAUUCUGGGCAAAUUGAUUUCACCUAAUCUUGCAUCAACGGAAAAUUAUUUUACAUAUAAAGGAUCAUUAACCACACCUCCAUGUCUCGAAAUUGUCCAAUGGAUCGACUUUGUGGAGCCUCAAUAUCUUUCUCACGAACAGUUGGCUGUGUUUCGUAAAAUUCAAUCCAGUGAUGGAAGAAAUUUAACACAUAAUUUCCGGCCGGUGCAACCAUUAGAUGGUAGAAUAGUUUAUCGUAAUAUUCCAACUUCCAUAAUUUCCGGAACUACUAUUAUUGCGCCAACAGAUUCUAAACAAACGACGAAUAGUUCUGAAAAACUAAACCCAACAAAAUCAUCUAAUGAAGAAGACUCUCAUAAAGAAGAUGGUCAUAAUGGACAACAGAGCAUGUGGACCAUAUCACCAUUUGGAGUGAUACUUGGACUUAUUUUUCUUUUACAAUAUCAAUAAUACAUUGGAAACUUUAGUCAAUUAUUUUGACUUUUAUGUAAUUUAAAAUAAUUAAUAGUAAAUAAGUAAAUUAAAUAAUAUUAUAUGUAACAUUAAACUAUUUAAUAUUAUAUUUAAUAUUAUAUUAUAUUGUGUAUUUACACAAUACUUUUUGGUGCAAAAGAAUUUAUGAAAUUAUUAAAUAUCUUUAUAUUUUAAAAAGAUUUUAUUGUUUAAGAUAUUUAUCAUUUUUAAGAUAAAAAUGAAAAUAAAUGUUUUUAUUUUUAAUUAAAUAUUAUCAUUUAAUUGUAAAAGCAUCUUAAAUAAUGUACAUAUACAUAUACUUAAAAAAUGUAUUCUUAUAUUAUUAUUAAUAUCGACUGAUUAUAAGUACUACAUACACGAUACUCAUAUAAUCUGAAUAUGAUAAUUAAAGCAGUAGAAAUAGAAAAUAAAUAGUAAUUAAAUUUGAUAUUUAUUUGGUAAACAAGGAAAUAGAAAUAUUUUAUAAAAAUAACUAUACCAAAAAAUACUAAUAUAUGUUUAUUCAAUAGUUCCUACUGUUGCCAUGAUAAUAUAUAUAUUUUAUUGAGUUUUCUGGUAAAUUGUAUUUUCUCACAAAUAUGUUUAUGAAAUAUAUUGUAUUAAAAUACUUGUGACUUAGAUAAUAAUAAAAGAAAUUAUUAAUAAUGCA